AUGGCUCCAGUUAAGUACUUCUACAAAGGUCAACAAACCGACCUAGUGGUCUUCGUCGAAUCUCAGGAAUUGGCCAACGAAUAUCUACAAGACCCAACUGUCGGCAAAUUGACCGAAGCCGUGGGCGUUUUCAAGAUCUUCACCAACCCCCAGGGCGAAGGUGCCGAGGGUGAGCUAGGUGAGGCUUCCAAGGCCCAAGUCGAGAACGAGUUCGGCAAGAAAAUCAAGGUUGAGGAAGCCAUCGCCAAGAUCUUGAAGGAGGGCUCUCCUAACGCCAGUGGCGACAUCCAGUCCAAAGACGAUCGUUAA